UCGCAAUCUGCGCGCGAUCGUUUAGGCACGAACUCGCAACGCAUAAUUAGCGUAAUUGAUCUUUGAACGUCAUGCAUUCGAAAUCCUGGCUCUCGUUUACGUCUGUUUAUUCCUAACGAUUCGAAUGACCCCGGGGGCUUGACGUUUCCAAUAAAAGGGAAAAAAAACAAGAAAGAGAAAAAAAAAGAGAAACACAGAGGUACGAAAAGAAGGAGGCAUAACGCGCGCUGUCCGAGCCGGAGGAUGCAAGGUGAGACCAGACGAGACGCGGCGCCUACCACACAUCCAUCGUCCCGGAGCAUAGCGCUAUCGCGAUUGAUCGCGGUCGUACGCGGCGAGAGGAGCACGCUCGCCAAUCUCAAUUCCGCGCCGCGGGACCGCUUUCGAAGGAGCCGCGCCAUCGCCACGGUCAUCGGCCAUUUUGCCAGCGGCCAGUCGGGCCAGUGGGGACUAACUUUGGCCAUUUGACACUACCCAACAAUACCACACGCCGCCGAUCCCUGGAAAGAUUGGCGAAGGUGCGCUCCGGCCACGGCAACGCAACAACGCAGUUUCAUCGGUGCGUCACCACUGCGGAACUCGUGCGACGUCGACCACCCGUAUCCGCGGCGCCGCCAAGCUCCGCGCCAGUCGCGCACGACAACGCGCGAUAACGUCGUCCGCGACCGCGCUUGUGUAACUCUGUCGCGUGUGCGUGUGCGACGUCUAACCUAUGACUCCGUUCUGAAGAGGAAGUGGCAACAGCUAACAAACGGGGACUCGCACCUCACACGGAGGGAUGCGAUCGCGACGACGGCCGACGGAUCCGCCGGGCGUCGACGUCGGCAAGUGAACGCCGACGCAUCCGCGCGAGGAACGCCGUGUCCGAUUUAUUUACAAAUUCCCGAGAGCGAGGUGAGGAUGCGGGACAAUGUGCGAGGAACGAGGUGCGUUUACUCCGUAAAGUGAGCUUGAACGAUAAUCAAGGUAUAUCCGUCGCUUCCUGAUGGGUUUCCAAGUCCAGGAGAUCGUCUUCUAGAUUGUGUGACGCACCUUAACGACUCGAUCGAGCUUUAUCCGAGCAAUAACACGAGGCUAGCGCCGAGAAAUACUCCAGCGUUGCAGCAAACCCGUAUUGAUGGGUAGACAAAAUAUUUUUAUAAGAUUGUAAGCCUAUGAGGGAGCGCAGGACCAGUUACUACAAUGUUUCGAAUAUUAGUAUGACAUCUAAGGAGUUAACUGCCCUUGUUGGUAUAUAAGGUAGAAUACUUCUCGCGUGUUAGGAAACGACACAUCACAUGCUCUUUCGAGUGGUACUUAUGUGAGAGAGAUUUUAGAACAAUCAGUUUAGUGCCAUGUACAGAAACGUCCUCAGUAGCCAACAAGAUUGAUGGCCGUUAAUACCUAUGUUAUGAGGUAUUCGGAAAAUAAAGUUUAACCAAAAGAAUUUUUGAUGUUUUGGUAAUCUGUACUGUUUAGAAAAUAUGGAUGACAGAAGGGUAGCAGAUUAUUUUGUUAUUGCCGGUCUACCUGGUCAGGAUGAUGAGCUUAGCGAAGAUAAUGAGACUAACGACAAGCUGGAGGCUUGGUGUCAGGAAGGCACUCAUCUCAAAGAUAUGCACAUGCCGCCUCCUAUCACAGAUCUUGCCGUAAUAUUUCCUGCACUGGGGGAACAUUGUCCGGAGGGAUAUACACUCUUAGAAUAUACGGUAUCCGGUUUUCCAGCAGACUUAAAUCAUGGGAGUUUACGAACAAACGAGUGUUAUUUGUGCUAUAGAAGAGGGCGGGAUAAACCUCCCUUGGUUGACAUUGGUGUAAUAUAUGAUGGAAAAGAACGUAUAAUGCAAGAUGCCGAAAUGGUAUUAGAGACCCCUAAAGGCCAUGUGGCGAAUGUGAAUAAUUCUACGUCAAAAAUUUUUGUAACAUACAGACGAGCGAGUCGGAAGAUGCCUUGCAAUUCCCUUGUGGUUACAGAUAUUUGUGUUAUCUUGACAAAUAAAGGAGAGAGUCCGCCACACGCUUUCUGUGUUAUUAAUAAGAAUUUGAACAAAGGAAUGCUGGGCAGCGACGUAUUUUUGUGCUACAAGAAAUCUAUGAAUCGCGCUAAUUUAGUAUCAUUUAAACCAGCGAUACUCUACAAAUAUCCCAUGGUAGAUUACAACAGUUUCGUCUUUCCUAAUUCUGUCGCCAUGUUUUGUCUACCGAUGGGUGCGACUAUAGAAUGUUGGCCUAAAGUAGCGUGUAAACCUAAGCCGGUAUUCUCGACGUUUGUCUUAACGGUUGCCGAUGCUGCUCAAAAAAUAUAUGGUUCAGCAAUAACAUUUUACGAGGAAGUUCAAAUGGAGCUCGAUACUUCAAACUGCAAAAAUAGUCAGGAGAUCAUGGACACAGUUGAAAAUAAUAAAAACAGUGAUAAUAUGGAGAUAACUAAAGAUAAGCCACAAGUGAAAAUGAAGAUGUUUAAGAGAUUUGGCAUACUCAAGAAGCUUAGUAUAUUGGAACUGGAAAGGUUGCAGUACACAGAUCCUGCGAGCCAAUCGCUGAAUAUUAGUAAAUCCAUAUGUAUACUAUCUCACUGGCCGUUUUUUGACACGUUCGAGAAAUUUUUGGUUUUCCUACACCGCAUGGUGAACGAUAAGCCGCAGAGUGUCCCGAUCGAGAAAUAUAUCUCGUACUUUUUAUGCGACAUACCGUUUCCAAGUCCGCAACGUCCACGAAUCUUAGUACAGCUCAGUAGUCAGGAUAGAUUAAUCUUGACUCAACCGGAGGAUUUAGCUCUGCCUAGAUCAGGCGCAAGUUUCAGACAACUACUGAUAAACUUGGGACCUGAUAAUUGUUUAUUAAUACUAUUAUUAAUAUUGACCGAGCAGAAAAUAUUGGUUCACUCCUUACGUCCGGAUGUACUAACUUCCGUCAGCGAGGCCAUUGCCAUGAUUCUGUUUCCUUUUAAGUGGCAAUGUCCUUACAUACCAUUGUGUCCUCUAGGAUUAGCAGAGGUGUUGCAUGCACCAUUGCCAUUCCUGAUCGGCGUGGAUUCAAGGUUCUUUGAUUUAUAUGAUCCUCCUUCUGACGUCAAUUGUGUAAAUUUGGACACGAAUAACAUUGCAAUAUGUGACGAUAAAAAAUAUUUAAAUGUUAAAUUACUGCCUAAAAAGGCAGCUAGACAGCUCAGAAAUUGGUUAGAGCUUUUGUCCUCCAAGAUAAUUUCGUGGGGAAAAACUAGCUGUUCCCAAAAAGAUAGAGGAGAUGAAGACUUCAGCGUGGAUAGGGAAUUUCAACAAAAACGAAAGGAGCAAGCUUUAGAACUUGAAAUACAGGAUGCUUUCUUAAGAUUCAUGGCGACGAUUCUCAAAGGAUAUCGAAGUUAUCUGUUACCGAUUACAAAAGCGCCUACUGUAGGAACAACGGAUCCGACAAGUUUAUUUAAUAUCCAAGCGUUUUUGAGAAGUCGCGAUAAAGCCCAUGCUAAAUUUUACACCAUGCUUGUCAGAACGCAAAUGUUUAUCAGGUUCAUAGAAGAGAGAAGUUUCGUAUCUGAUAUGGAUAUGGCUGGGUUAGCGUUUUUCGAUGAAUGCACAGAACGAGUUGAGGAGGAAAAUGUAACGCUUUUGGAACUGGAUGAAUCUCAACAUAGUGAACGUACAGUAUUUAUACCUCCACCUGAAGCAGGAACAAAUCAAACACCAAUAAUAUACAAGUCGUUCAAGUUGGACCCGGAACUAAUGAGGCCUCAGAAGAAUUUCUGUUUAAAGAAUCCCUCUCUAAGUGCCUUCGGUAUGGUACCUGGAAGUCCUAUGGCUCGUAGAACGAAGCAUGAAAUCAAAGUUGCUCAAAGGAUGGCUCGAAAACAAGCUGCAAUGCCCGACAGGUGGGGUAGAUGCCUGCUUGGUACAUGUCACAGUCUUUGGUUUCUGCAUUUACCGGCCAUGUUACAAGUUUCCAGCCAACCUGCUGCAGUUUUGCAUCAGGCCUAUGAAAUAUUGGUUAAAAUGCAGAAGUUACGUCUUGAUCCUAUGGAAGAGGUAUGCUACAGAGCUAUGAUGCAACUUUGUGGGGUAUACGGGCAACCAGUUUUAGCUGUAAAGUUAUUAUUCCAUAUGAAACGCAGUGGUGUUCAACCUAACGCUUUAACAUACGGAUUUUACAAUAAGGCUGUUCUCGAGGCAACUUGGCCUUCGGAUAUGACAAACUCAAGUCAGUUAAUGUGGAACAAAUUACGAAAUGUUAUCGUCGGUGCAGCUUUAUUUAAAAAAGCUGGAAAAAAGAGCGCUAGAAGACGAUUGAGCUCUAAUGUAGACUUCUUAACCACCGAUAAGACUGAAUGUAUGGAACAUGCGCUCUCUCGGUCUAGUCUCGACAGUUCCCAUUCUCAGGAUACCGAAGCUGCGCACAGUGAUUCCACUAAAGGCAGUUCUGUGUCAGAUUUACCCGGGUUCGGAGCAUUCGAAUUAAAAGCUAAGCUCCUUCGACAGAAUAGCAUAGUGAAAGAUCAAACAACAUUAAGUAUCUUACAAUCGGAUGAAUUGGAACAAACACCGAGUAAUCCAAGGCUAACGCGCAGUGUCGAAUCGCCUUUAAAAAGUCCCAUACGCACACCAGUUACGGAAAAUGACCCAUUGGGUGCUCUCAUUAAUGACGAAACACCGAUUGUGUCGCCUUCCGAGGAGAAUGAUUCAAAUUGCUCAACAAGUACUUUAACCGUUUUAAAUAAUACGACUGAAGAGAGACCAGGAGGGCCGCUCUUAUUUAGAAGCAACAUCCUCCCACGUAGUGCGACGUUUCAUCAAGCGGUAGAUGAAAGUGGCAUGACGGUGGGUGGGCAUUUGCAGAGGAGUGAGACGAUGCCUCACUCCGUGGCGCAACAAGGGGAACAGGAGAGAGAAAAGGAGAGACUGGAAAUAAGCAGUCUUUGGUCUCAAAAUAAGGAUAGUGUAACGUCCAGCCUCUCUAGCUUAGGAUCUAGUCUUAAACUUAGUUUCGGUCCGUCGAGUUUAACAGGAAAAAAGUCGAACGAAAUAAUACUUGGUGGUUUGAAUAGCUUAAAGUCCGCUGCAACGACUGUGGUAAAAAAAUUUGAUGAAAUCAAAGAAGCCAUUUCAGCGACAAGUACGCCAGUGAAAAAUAAGGAACGUGAACAAAAAAUAGCUUAUGGAGUAUCGCAUGAAUCUCUAGAUUCUCUCACUGAUUCCAUACAAGAUCGAAACGAAACAAGAGCAUCUGGUGAUGGAAAUUUAGAUUUGUGUCCACUGUACGAGCUCGCGGAGUGUCUGUAUCCAAAAGGCACUAGAGAGUUAGAGGAACGUCUUGCUAUUGAGCUUGUGCUUUCCAGUGCCAGUAGGUGUCAUCAUUGCGCUGCCAUCCUGUAUGAUGAGGAGAUAAUGGCUGGUUGGCAGCCGGAAGAUUCCAACUUGAAUACAGUCUGUCAAUAUUGCGACAAAGCUACUGUACCCCUCCUCACAGCUACGAUAUUAGAUUACAGAUCCGAAGUAAGCGAGAAGAAUAGUGACCCUUUAAUGGGAGCACUGGUAGAAUUAUUGGAUCAACCGAAAGAAUCGUUGGAACCGAUAACCGUACCAUACCUAAAUCCAUUAGUUUUGAGAAAAGAAUUAGAAAGUGUAUUGAGUCAAGAGGGGGAUGCGUGUCUCACUAAGCAUAAGUUCAUUCAAGAGCACCCGAUAGUAUAUUGGAAUUUGAUAUGGUACUUUGAAAGGAUUAAUUUAACGAGUCAUUUACCUGAUCUGUGGUUGGCUAACGAUAAGAACUCAGAACUUCAAAGAACUAUAGGAUUGGUAGGUGUUAGAACCAUAUGGGAUAACGAACGACUCCACAUGGACCGUUUGCCUAUGUAUCUCCAAUGGAAGUCAAAUUCCACAGAAGACAGAACAUUGAUGCAGACAGUGAUAACAUAUGUCCGUUGCAACGACUUAGCGGAACCUAUACUAAGAGUGGCCUUAGAAAGAAGUAAACAUCAAACAGACGAUCAUCCGUUUUCUAUAUACAGGGAUAUUUUGUUUCUGGCAUUUACUGUAUUAGGAAGAACGAAUAUUGACCAAGGCGUCUUCGAUAGGGAAUACAGUUUAUCGCUGGAGAAAUUUUCCGAGAAUGAUGAGAAGUUAUUACACAAAAUUGAUGCGCCGCCGACAAUGAUGUCAGUGUACUGCAGAUAUUACUUCAAACAAUUAAACGUGUGAGGAUCACGCGAGCAGCCGUAAUCCCGAAGAUGCUUAAAAAAAUGUCCUAUUUGAGACAUCGAAGGAGAUAUGAUAUUGCGCGAAUAACUCUUGCGAGUACAACAUUCUGUACUUGCGCAAUUGCACGCGAGACGAAUAUGCGCGCAAGGAACGAUGUUAAAAUAGAUUUUACGACAUCUCAAAAUGUCUAACGUCAUGACAACGGCGACGUUGGCUGCUUAUAUGUUGAAUGUUUAUUAUUAUCUAACACGA